AUGGCAAGCGUGGCAGAGAUCAAGCAGUUGGAGGCAAAGAUCAAAGAAGAUGUUAAACAAAUUAAUACACUGCCCAAGAUAGUAAAGGCACUGCACCACAGAGACAAGUCCAUGGCGCAGACGGCCAUGCAGAGCAUGAGACGAGUGCUUUUGUUCUUUUUGGACAAGGGCGACUUGCAAUUUAAGCCGAUGGAGCAGAAAGCAGCCAAGAAGAUAAAGCAAGGAGACACACAGGCCAUUGACCAAUUUCGUCGCUGGAUUUGGGAUGUGUACGUAAACUUUCUGAAGGAAAUGCUGCAAUGGCUAGGAAACGCACAGACGGACAGCAACUUGCGCGUCGGAGCCGCUGCGCACGCUGAUGGAAUUUGUAUCUCGUGA